CAUUGAUCGCAUUGAAGAUAAUCCCGCAAGACGUGCAGUUGCCAAGUUGAUGUUAAAUUCAUUUUGGGGCAAGUUUGGACAAAGAGACAACUUACAGCAGACGGUGUUCAUCUACUCCGUGAAGCAGUAUCUGGAUUUAGUCAGAUCCAAAUCUGUUGAUAUACAGAGCGUUCACGCAGUGACUCCAGAGUGCAUGAUGGUUACUUACUCGCAGUAAGAUGACUACAACGAAGGCAGUAACUGUGCGAAUCUUGCCAUUGCCGCUUUCACUACCAGCCAUGCCCGCAUUCAGCUUUUCAAAACCAUGGCCAAGCUUGGACCGCGCCUUUUGUAUUUUGACACAGACUCUGUCAUCUUUGUUCACAAAGAAGGCAAAUGGCUUCCAGAAGUCGGUAAUGGACUUGGUCAAUGGAGCAGCGAGUUGAAACCAGAUGAAUAUAUUGUACGCUUUGUCUCCUGUGGUCCCAAAGUCUACAGUUAUGAAACAAACACCGGCCGAAUUCAGCUGAAAGUUAAAGGCAUGACUCAGAACGGGUACACGGAAGAUGUCUUGAACGAUGAUCUGCAGCGCACUGGAGAGAAACUUGACUUUGACAAGUUGACCGAAAUCCUGAAAGGCGCUACAAUGCCGGUUGUGUACCCUGAGUACAUUAAGCGGAACUUUAAAGCUCAAGAGAUUUCCACUGUCCGCUUGAAGAAGCAUCUGCGCAUGGUGUACGACAAACGGGUUUUGUUGGAAGAUUUCACCACAGUUCCGUACGGUUUUAAGAAGCCGGUAAGGCAGACACUGCUUGAGCAGACUAUAGUUCAGAUGUCUAUGGAAGUUAAAUGCUGUGCGACACUCAGGAUAUAACACUUGUAAUUCAUUAUAUCUACACAGGACCCACAGCCGGCGUGAUGGAUUUGUAUCUGGAGGAUGCCACAACCAUGUGGUACGAGAUCAAGCGUGACUCGUACAUGGGAUUCCAUAAGAAGUCCAAAGCCAUUACCUUCUGCAAGACGUUUUCGACCGAAGGAGACCAGCGCUUUGUGUAUGCUGCCAUGGAAUUAUCUGCACCGAUCGUCGCGCGUAUACUGGAAUGCAUUUCUGACGAUACUGUUCAAGAGUUACUGGACUCUUCUGUUUUGAAACGUAAGCCGAUGGAUCUUUUCUUGCAUGGUGACGGGACUGAUAACUUGAACAUAACAUUCAAAACUGGGAGAUUCUUCUGUAUUUACUUCUCCCAAACCAAGAACAAGCAUGUGGUUAAGUUUGCGCAUGAUAAGUUCUGCACUAUCUUUUCAACCAUCCGUUCGCUCUACUGAAAAAAAAAAAAAAAAACUCAUCUGUUUCUGUGUUAGGUUGAUCUGUCACAGACAAUCUGACACGGUUGUAGUUGAGGUAUCACAGACCGAUGGCAGAUAUCUGCAUGCCAGUGUUCACUGUUGUGAACUGUCAGAAGCAUAUGAUGAAUGCUAUGACUUACAGUAUGCGGGUACUGACCUAUCGGGUAAAAAGGCAUCCUUACUUACUUUAAUGUUUUUUUUCUCCACACAUUCUGCUAAAAUGGUUGUCCCUGAGGAUCUUAAGCCUACGUUUACUCACGUUCGUCGUGACUUUCAGGACGACGUGGUGAUUUAUAACUCGAACAUGGCCGAUGUGAAUAAGCGCAUUGAAACUUUC